AUGCAGAGUACCGUUACCGGGACUAUUCCACAGAAGGGCGAAUUUGAAACUCAAAAGGACAACCACGCCGAAAUAUUGCAUGCAUGUCGACAUCAUUUGCAGCCAGUCACCAUCGUGAAGUUCGAACUAGAGAUGCACACCUGGAUUCACAAAACCCCCACAGCUCACCAUGAACGCCGUUGCCGUUACGCCCGCGCAGGAAACGCAGGCAUUCCUCUCAUGAGUGGCGCCGCCGCCGCGAAUAGACAUUCAGCAAUGCUCUCGGCCCACGCCUAUUUCACUCGCGGUAGGACCGCAGAUCCACGUGCCUCAACGCCCGGCGCGCCGCUAGAUCUCAGUACCUCCCUCAUCAGCUCGCGUGAUCCCGUAGCCAUCGUAUCUUCAUCAGUCGACUCCUUAGCACGGCGAAAUGCUAUCGCGCUUACGAACGAGAGAAGCACAAGCGACGUGGCCAGAUCAAAUGCUAAGCCAAUGAGCAGAACUACCCAAAAUUCUUCAGGGCAUAGCGGCAUGUACACUUUCGGAUAUCCUCACGGACUACAACACGAAAUGAUUAUCAACAAUGCUUACGCAGGCGAAACUUGCGAGUGUCGUAAACCAAUUGUUCGCUCGUCGUGCGCACAAUCUGCUGUCCUCCUGAAUGUAACCGUCAAAGAGCAGAGAAAAGUGUCACCGUUGAGAGAGAUUUCAACAUUUCGACCCGCACAUCCUCUUCUGAUGCUGAAUUUCAAUUUCACCCUUAUGGGCAAGUCCAAUGCCACCAUCAGCUUUACGAUGGGGAUGGGACCUGGUUUUGAUUGA